UUCCUUCUCUCCCUCCUUUUAAAUCCCUCUCUCACUCCCUGCUCACUCCCAUAUCCACCUCCCUCCCAUCUAUCUUGCUCUCCCAUACGUAUCUUCUUUCGUCUUGUCUUGGUUCUUUGACGCUCGUUUAUGGCAUCCAUCGGCGACGACGUCUCCACCCUCGACCUCAUCCGCGAGCACCUCCUCGGCGACCCCACCAUCUCCCUCGACGACCUCCUCCUCUCCCCUCUCCCUCCGCCCUCCGCCCCCCACGACAUCGCCGUCGCCGACUACAUCGACCCCACCCCGCCCUUCCCCGAUUCCUACGGUGGACAAUCGUCUUACCGCUUCGCCGAUCCGAUCGCCCCCAUGAUCGAGGUCGGCGGCGAAUCGCUUCAGGCCUCGCCGCCCUCCGACCGCCGCCCGUCGCUCACCGUCUCCCUCCCCCCGGUCCGGAAGUUUGAGCUUGAGCGGACGGAGGUCGCGCCGGCGGAGAAGCCUGCGGAGUACAACGACGGGUCUAGGUACCGCGGGGUGCGGCGGCGGCCGUGGGGGAAGUUUGCGGCGGAGAUCCGGGAUCCUAAACGGCGAGGCUCCAGGGUUUGGCUCGGGACCUUCGACACGGCCAUCGAGGCCGCGAGGGCCUACGACCGCGCCGCCUUCCAGAUGCGCGGCUCCAAGGCGAUCCUCAACUUCCCCAACGAGAUCGGCAGCUCCGGCAACUGGAUCCCGGCCCCUCCGGCACCGAUCGAGGCGGCGGCUGGGAAGAGGAAGAGGGAGGCGGCGAUCGCGGCCGCGGAGGAGGAAGCAGAGGAAGAGGAGAUGAGGCCGGUCAAGAAGGAGAGGUCUCCAUCGAUCGAGGAGGUGGUGGGGGAGAAUAUUCCGUCGGUUUGCCCCUUGACGCCGUCGAGCUGGACGACCGUCUGGGAUGGAGCCGACAUGAUGGGAAUCUUUAACGUGCCGCCUCUUUCGCCGUUAUCUCCGCACCCGUCGUUCGGAUUCCCGCAGCUCACAGUAAGCUAAGGAAUCAGCAGCCGCCGUUAGAAAUGCAAGCGACCUUCUAGAAGCAAAGCUUUGUAAAAGCUGGCUUGGAUGGAAAAAGAGAAGGAAAAAUAGAAGAAUCAAAGUAUGGAGAUGCAGGCAGCCGUGAUAUUCAAAUUCUUUUGUUCUUUUCAUGCACUUAAUGUUGUGUCUGAGUUUAAAUAUAUAUAUUAUUAUUUUUUAUGUUGGGGGAUUCAAGUGGAAAUAUCCCCUGGAAUAUGGUUUGAUAUGUAUUUAGAUUUCUGAAAGCUUGGAGAAAUCUAUUCUUUAUUUGGCAUCCCAAAAGAAUUUGUAUCCCAUCUCACCAAAUAUUGGCCUUAGAAGUCAAAUGAUACACGGGUUGUAAAUUGAGUGCAACUUUUGGAAAAGCCACUCAAGAAAUUUGGCAAAACAGAAAAGGAGCCUUUAAUCUCAUAACUACAUGGGGCUUUUAAUUUCAGAGGA